GGUGUACACAGUGGAAACAAACGUGAUGAGCAUGUAUACGGCCAGAAUCUUUUCCACCUACGUAUGUACGGCAACUUAACAUGCCUAUCAAAGUCACCGCCUUGAGACUCCUUGUCAUUAUAUAUGCUUGUCUUUCUUGUCUAUCAUGCAUUGUGGUCUUGUACGUCUCUUCCUUGGUAUGUCUAAGUACUCGAAAUCGCCUUCGUGGGGAGGAUUCACAUGUAUGGCUGUACUGUAUGUAUGCACAUGUCAGAAUCCCCCGUACUGUAUCCCGAAUGGAGGCAUAGGUACAAUUCACUCCUGUAUUCUCCACACACACAUCCAUACACACAUAGACUACUGUACGGCGCACAUACGAGUAUGCUCUUACCGUCUACUAUUCCCUUUUCUCUCUCAUCUCAGCAUCCUAGCAUCCCAAGCAUCAUCCCAGCCCACCUCCAUCCCGGCAAUCCCAGCGGCAACCCAGCAGGCCAUGUCAUCCUGGCUCCAUUAUCCCUGCUGUCCAUGCCGUCCAUGCUAUCCUUGUUGUUGCCGUCCUGACCAGCAUCCUUCGCAAUCCGUGUACCGGGGGAUAGUGGUCCUACCACACACUACCUGGACACGAGAGCCACCCGUCGAGUCUCCCACUCCCUAGCAGUAGUAGGUCUAGGUGCGUGAGCACGCAUCGCCAGCUUUGGCUGCAUUGAUUUAUAUCCUCCCACUCUGCCCUCGGGGCACCAUUGUCUACUAUUCAUUAUUUCAAACGGCCUGUCCAUCGUUCCGUGCCGCGCCGCCGCCGCUGUCGCCGCACUACUACCGCCUCACAGAUCCAUCCAUCCAUCGCUCGUCACUAUCACUGUCAGGUCGCAAACGUCUGCUUGUCGUU